AUGUUUGAGGUGACCGAUUUGCAAAAAAUUGGAGUUGGUUUCGCUGGAUUUGGUAUUGGUUUUAUGAUUCUCGGUGUCAUCUUGUUAUUCGAUAAAGGUUUAUUGGCAAUAGGAAAUAUAUUAUUCAUUGUCGGAUUAGGAUGUGUUAUAGGACUUCAAAGAACAUGUAGAUUUUUUUUUCAAAAGCAUAAAUUUAAAGCUUCAGCAGCAUUUUUUAGCGGGAUUUUUGUCAUUCUAUUGGGUUGGCCUUUUAUAGGAAUGAUAUUAGAAACUUAUGGAUUUAUAUUAUUAUUCAGUGGAUUUUUUCCCGCUGCUGUUAACUUUUUAAGAAGAGUACCAUUAUUGGGAACUAUUUUAAAUUUACCAGGAAUUAGUAUGGUGUUAGAUAGACUUUGUGGAGAUUAUAAUAGAACUACAGUUUGA